UUUGGAUUUGGAAUUGAGGGGAGACUAACAACAAACAAAUACAAAUCACGUGGAAGAAGGCGGUUUGCCUAAACCGUUACAGUGGAGCCAGCCCCUCUUUAAUUCUUCUUUGCGUAUUUAAUUAGGGUUUCUAAUUUUUUUUCGUAAAUAGAAAUCAGUGUCAAUUAUUCUAAUUAAGUUAAAUUAAUUAAUUAAAAUUCACCUUCGUUUAAUAUCUAUUUAUAUAUUCGUCUCUCUAUUUACACAAUUGUUCACUCUUCUGUCUCCCUCUUGCUUAUUAAGUUAUUAUUGGCAGCAGCUUUGCCUGUAGCUGCUCCUACUUACAUUUACCCUGAUAUUUUGAUUUCUGGGUUGAUCUGGUUUCUGCGUUUUGAGUUUGAGAGAGGUAUGGAGGAGGGUUUGUGUCAGUGGAGUAUGUUCAGAUCUCUGUCGGCCAUUCUUCAAUGGUGGGCUUUCAACGUUACCGUGAUUAUCAUGAACAAGUGGAUCUUUCAGAAAUUGGACUUCAAAUUUCCUCUAACAGUGUCAUGUGUUCACUUCAUAUGCUCGUCCAUUGGAGCAUAUACAGUAAUCAAGGUGCUGAAACUUAAACCCUUGAUAACAGUUGACCCUGAAGAUAGAUGGAGAAGGAUAUUUCCCAUGUCAUUUGUGUUUUGUAUCAACAUUGUGCUUGGGAAUGUGAGUUUACGCUACAUUCCGGUUUCUUUUAUGCAGACAAUUAAGUCGUUCACUCCGGCAACUACAGUUGUUUUGCAGUGGAUGGUUUGGAGAAAGUACUUUGACUGGCGAAUCUGGGCUUCUUUGGUACCCAUAGUUGGAGGAAUACUUCUCACAUCCGUCACAGAGCUGAGUUUUAAUAUGUUUGGAUUUUGUGCUGCAUUAUUUGGAUGUUUGGCUACAUCUACAAAGACUAUCCUUGCAGAGUCUCUGCUUCAUGGAUACAAGUUUGACAGCAUAAACACAGUGUACUACAUGGCACCAUUUGCUACUAUGAUCUUGGGAAUUCCAGCAUUGUUACUUGAAGGUAAUGGGGUUUUGGAUUGGCUUAACGCCCACCCAGCACCUUGGUCUUCUCUCCUCAUAAUUUUCAGCUCUGGGGUGUUGGCAUUCUGUCUUAAUUUCUCCAUCUUUUACGUGAUUCACUCCACAACUGCCGUCACAUUUAAUGUUGCCGGAAAUCUUAAGGUUGCAGUUGCCGUCUUGAUUUCCUGGUUGAUAUUCAGGAAUCCGAUAUCAGGUUUGAAUGCUGUUGGAUGUGCUAUUACGCUUGUUGGAUGUACGUUCUAUGGAUAUGUGAGACACUUGAUUGCUCAGCAGCCACCACCCGGAACACCACGUACACCCCGAACGCCAAGGAAUAGGAUGGAACUACUUCCCCUUGUAAAUGAUAAAUUAGAUGAUAAGGUCUAGUUUUAAGAGGGCAUACAUGAGGUUCUCAGCUGAUGGAAAUGGGGUAUUACAUGACACAGAAAAUUCAGAAAACCAAACACCACAGCUUUGUAUGUUUGACCAUACACCAGAUCACCUGAGAAUUUUUACUAUAUAUUUUUUUCUUGCUCAGAAAUAGAAAAAAAAAAAAAAAA